ACACUUGAUAAUUUUGUAUAUGCUCUCUAGUAGAACGCUUACUAGAGAGCACCAAUUUUAAUUUUAAUUUUUAACGGGGCCAAUUCGUAAACCGUUCAGCGCGUGCUGAGUGACUCGGUGAGGAACCGCUCCACUGAAAAUUGAAUAUUCUGCAACUGAGCGCCAAGAACAUCUCAGAUUCCUUUCUGUCAGGAGAACGAUGGGGAAUUCAUCCAACGACGACUCCGGCACCGAUGCUGAAACUUCCAGCGACGACACUCAGCCCAACAAUUCCAUUACCUUUUCCGAGGGCGAGCGCGUCCUCGCCUAUCACGGCCCCCGGAUUUAUGAGGCCAAGGUUCAAAAAGCUGAGCUUCGGAAGAAGGAAUGGAGAUAUUUUGUUCACUACCUUGGUUGGAAUAAAAAUUGGGACGAAUGGGUAGGUGCAGAGCGGUUGAUGAAACAUACCCCAGAGAAUAUCACGAAGCAGCAUGCUCUUGGGAAGAAACAUAACGCCGAAAAAAGUUCAAAGUCUGGACGUUCUUCCCAAACCAAGCCAAAAAGCUCAGCUGAUGCAAAGGCAGAUAAAGAGGAGAACAAGAACAAUGUAGCAAAAGGGAAGAAGCGAAAGGGUGACUCUGGUGUUGAGAAGGAAAACAUAUCCGGGGAAAAGCUUGUCAAAAUUCAAAUUCCAUCACCAUUGAAGAAGCAGCUGGUUGAUGAUUGGGAGUUUGUUACUCAGCAAGACAAGCUUGUCGAACUUCCCCGUUUGCCAAAUGUUGAUGAUAUUUUGAAAAAGUACCUUGAGUACAGGUCAAAGAAGGAUGGCAUGAUGACUGAUUCAAUAGGAGAAAUCUUGAAAGGGAUACGCUGUUACUUUGACAAAGCAUUGCCGAUGAUGUUGCUUUACAAGAAAGAGCGCCAACAGUAUUCUGAUGCUGUCCAAGAAAAUGUCUCUCCAUCAACUAUAUAUGGUGCUGAACACUUGCUACGCCUCUUUGUGAAGUUGCCGGAGUUAUUUGCGUAUGUGAACAUGGAAGAGGAAACAUCAAACGGCUUGCAGCAGAUAUUAGUCGACUUUCUCAAGUUUCUGCAGAAGAAUCAAAGUAGUUUCUUCCUCGCUGCUUAUGAUGGGUCCAAAGGUUCUGAAGGUAACGGUAGGGCAAAAGAUGACUAAGCAGCUCCACAAACUGUGAACAUUUGUUCUCCCUCCUCCAACUUUGAAGGAAGUGGAGUUUCAUGCUAAAAGUUAGCAUGUCAUCUUCCUUCCCUUAGAUUUUGUCAUUCUUUCUACCUUCCUUCGGGACUCUCUGCAAGGUUAAGUCAUUUCCCAGAUUUGAUUAUCUAUAUGCUGUAACCUAUUCAAGUGAUUGUCGAAUUCGCCAAAACAGACGGUGACUGUAAUUUGAUUGCAUUUGAAAGAUUACAUGAAUGAAUAACGAUCCCAGAAUACCUGGGAGCUGUAUCUUUA